AUGGGCAACGCGUGCUUGAAGGGCGCCCAGGGCCCCCAGGAUGAUCGCGAGCACCGAGAGGGCUCCCUGGAGUUCACCACGACGCUCGUCCCGGCCCCCACGCCGGCAGCGCCCUCGCCGCUGCCCGCGCCCGCAGCACCCACCCCGCCGCCCGCGCCCCCGCCCGCGCCCGCGGAGCCGCUCGCGGAGGGGCUCAAGUGGCAGCGCGGCGAGCUCCUCGGCUCCGGCGCGUUCGGGCAGGUCUACCUCGGCAUGAACAUGGAGACGGGGGAGCUGAUGGCGGUGAAACACCUCCCGGUGGGGGGCUCCGCGGGGCGCCCCGGGGACCGCGACGAGGUCGACCGCCACGUCAAGGAGCUCGAGGAGGAGGUGGGCAUCCUGCGCGCGCUCCGGCACCCGAACAUCGUGCGCUACCUCGGCACGGAGCGCAACAACAAGAACCUCAGCAUCUUCCUGGAGUUCGUCCCCGGCGGAUCCAUCGCGUCGCUGCUCGCCAGGUUCGGGCCGUUCCAGGAGUCGGUGGUGCGCGUGUACACGCGGCAGAUCCUCCUCGGCCUCGAGUACCUGCACCAGCACCGGCACAUGCACCGCGACAUCAAGGGCGCGAACAUCCUGGUGGACAACGCGGGCACCAUCAAGCUCGCGGACUUCGGGGCCUCGCGCAAGAUCGAGUCGCUGGUCACGAUGGGCGACGGGUACCGCUCGAUCAAGGGCACGCCGUACUGGAUGGCGCCCGAGGUGAUCAAGCAGGAGGGCCACGGGCGCGCGGCGGACAUCUGGUCGGUGGGCUGCACGGUGAUCGAGAUGGCCUCCGCGCGCCCGCCGUGGAGCGACCACGCGUGGGGCAACCAGAUGGCCGCGAUGUUCCACAUCGCGAACUGCAACCGCCCGCCCACCGCGCCCGCGCACCUCUCCGAGGAGGCCAAGGACUUCCUGGCGCUGUGCUUCGAGCGGCGGCCCAAGAUGCGCCCGAACGCCACGCGGCUCCUGCGGCACCCGUUCGUCGCCACCGCCUACCCGCGGCAGUCGCCCACGCGCGGGUUCCUCGGCGCCGGCGCGAUGCCCUCGCCCGUCCCGGAGGAGUCGGGGCUGCAGCAGACCACCGGCGCCGACUCCGGGACGCUGUCGGGCUCCGGCGCCGACUCCGGGACCACGCCGUCGUCCGGCGUGGCGGGGCCGCCGCCCGCGCACGCCGCGCCGGAGCCCGCGGCGGCCCACCCGCCGCUCGAGUCGUUCAACCCCUGCGAGAGCCUGGGGACGCCGCCGCCCAUGUUCUCGCCCGCGAUGCUGGAGGGCACCUUCGACGCCACCACGUCGCUGCAGCCGCCCGCGGCGCACGAAGACGGCAGCGUGGCGUGGGCGGUCAUCCCCGGCGGCAUGGGCAUGGGGACGAUCGACGGCGCGGAGGAGCCGUGCGGGGUGCCGGCGACGCCGUCGGCGCACAUGCCGCGGAUCCCGGAGGGAUUCGAGGUCGCGACGGACGCGCCGCAGCGCCGCGCCCUCGAGCCCGCGAGCGCGCUCGCGCCGGGUCUCGCGGCCACGCGACCCCCCGUGGGGGACUCCUUCGACCUGGGGUAUAACCCAGUGGACGUGGAACCUGACGUGGCGUCGUCCAGCGGCGUGCCCGCGGUGCUCGGCAGCCUCGGCAGCGCGGCCGGGCGCUACGGCGGCGGCGAGGACGACGGCGGCCACGAGGCGGUGGCCGGCACCCCGCUGCGCCACGCGCCCUCGACGGGCAGUCCCACGCGCGCCGCGUCGCGCAGCCCGGCCGCGGACGAGAUGUCGUUGCUCUCGUUCGUUCAGCAGCGGUCGCAGCAGCAACACGAGAUGAUUCGCCGCAGCUUCAAGAGCAGCGUGUUCCGCCUGGCAGCGCUGCCGCCGGAGACGCCGCGGUUCCCGCACGGCGCGCCGGCGCCGGCCGAGGCCGCGCCGCGCGAGGGCGGCGACGAGAGCUCGACGCCGCAGCAGGGGCUCGACGCGGCGGGCGACAAGGAGAACGCCCCGCCCGCGCCGUCGCCGAGCGGCCCGGCGGGGGCUCCGGGACCGCGCGGACGGCCGGGACGCCCGCCACGCCCGGCAGCGCGGGUGCGCCGACGCCGCAGCCGACGAUGUCGCCGAUCGCGCGGCGCGCGUCGCCGCUCGCGGGCGGCGUGGGGUCGUCGCCGGGGAGGGCGUCGGGGAGCCGGCACGCGGGGCUGCGGGCGUCGCAGGCGACCUCUGCGGCACUCGACGGGAGGAGCUCGCACAGGAGCUCGGUGCAGAGCGCCGGCGUGCGCGGCGCGUCGGCGCUGCGGCCCCAGAAUGGGCCCGCACCGCUGGUGGCGGGCAGCGCGGUGCCCGUGCCGCCGCUGCCGUUGGGGGCUUUGCGAGCGGGGUCUUCGACGCCUGGGACGGGGGCGAAGGGCGCGCAGACGCCGGGAGCGACGCCGCUCGCCGGCCUGGACAUCAAGCAGAGCAUCAUGA